CGUACACCUCUCUCAAUCUGCAUUUCCUUAAAUUUCAUUUCAUCCUUGAUUUUUUUCCCCCAAAACCAGAACUCCAAUGGCAUCGCCAGAUCCCAACCCUAAUCGCACCCCAAUGUACCCCCAAAUCAACCCCACCGCCCCUCCUCUCUACCCCACCGUCCACACCAACGACCUACACAACCUAUUCCCCUCUCCGCGGAGCGAAGGCUACUCCCCCUCCGCGCCGCCCGACUCCGCCGAGGAGUCCUACUUCACCAUCCCCGGCGCCAUCGUCCACCUAAUCGACACUCACUACUCCGUCGAGCUCGCCGCCGGAGAUCUCCAGAUCAUCCGCCUCCGCCAGGGCGACAACACCGUCGCCGUCCUCGCCGCCAUCUCCGACGAAAUCGAGUGGCCGCUCACCAAGGAUCUAGCUGCCGUCAAGCUCGACGCUUCGCACUACUUCUUCUCCUUCCAACCCCCGCGCGACGGCGACUCUUCCGACUCGAGCGAUGAGGAAGGAUCGAAGAAAAACAAAAAGAAGAAGAAGAAAAAGAAGAAGAAGAAAGGAGAUGAGAAGGAGAAGAAGUUAAACGACGUCGACGUCUUAAGCUACGGCCUCACGAUAGUUUCAAAAGGCCAGGAGGAUUUGCUCAAGGAAUUGGACGCAAUCUUAGAAAAUUGCAGUAAUUUCUCUGUGCGGAAGGUGGACGAGAAGGCGGUGGUCGGCGCUGCAGCAGAGAUCACUCCAAUGGAGUGGGAAACGGAUGCGAAGAAGAGGGAGGAAGUGGAGGGCCAGUGCGCAGCGUAUUGGACGACGCUGGCCCCAAAUGUAGAGGAAUAUAGCGGAACAGCAGCAAGGCUGAUCGCCAUGGGGUCAGGGCAGCUCGUUAAGGGGAUAUUAUGGUGUGGAGACGUCACAAUUGAUCGGUUAAAGUGGGGGGAUGAGGCUAUGAGAAAGAGGAUGGGUCCUAGUGAGAAAGCUGAGAUUGAUCCCAGCACUUUGAAGAGAAUCAAACGGGUUAAGAGGGUGACGAAGAUGACUCAGAAAGUAGCAACAGGGGUUCUUACAGGCGUUGUGAAGGUCUCGGGAUACUUUACUGGUUCUCUUGCAAACUCAAAAAUGGGGAAGAAGUUGUUUAAGUACUUGCCAGGGGAAGUUCUUCUUGCUUCUCUGGACGGAUUCAGUAAAAUCUGCGAUGCUGCUGAAGUGGCCGGGAAGAAUGUGAUGUCCACCUCUUCCACAGUGACAACUGGACUCGUCUCACACAGGUAUGGUGACGAGGCAGCCAAGGCAACGAGCGAGGGGCUGGAUGCUGCGGGGCACGCUGUGGGAGCUGCAUGGGCAGUGUUCAAGAUAAGACAGGCAUUGAAUCCGAAAAGUGUGUUGAAGCCUACAAGUUUGGCCAAGUCUGCUGCUAAAUCCGCUGCAGCAGAGGUGAAGAAGUCAAAAGCAAAUAGCUCAAGGUUUUGAUGCCAAACUAUGAAAAUUUGUUGUGAUUGUGUUGUGCUAUUGGAUUGCAGUAAGGUAGAUGCAGACUAAGGUCUCUGUUUAUUAUGUAUAUCCUUGUAUCUUUUUCCCUUUUGAAUCUUCAGCCACAUUUGUAAAUGCUUGGAGCUAUUUGGACUGGGCUCAAAAAAUCUUGAUUGUUACUGCAA